AUGUCUGAACUAGGCGACUCCAGCACCACCCCAAACCCUCCUGCGCCUCAGGACGUCCCUGCUGUCUCACAACCACAGCAGCAACAAGGCCAACUGCCUCAGCAACCUCUGCUCCAAACUCCCCAACAGCCUGCGCCCAGUGUCAACGCCGCCGGCGAGAACCUGCAGUGCCAGUGGCAGGGAUGCGGCGAACGCUGCACAUCCGCAGAAGCUCUCUAUGAGCACGUCUGCGAACGCCAUGUCGGUCGCAAGUCCACCAACAACCUCAACUUGACGUGCGCCUGGGGCCAGUGCCGUACCACCACGGUUAAGCGUGACCACAUCACUUCGCACAUCCGAGUCCACGUACCCUUGAAGCCUCACAAGUGCGAGUUCUGCGGCAAGGCCUUCAAGCGACCUCAAGACUUGAAAAAACAUGUCAAGACUCACGCAGAUGACAGCGUCAUCAUGCGUUCUCCCAACCUAGAUGCAAAUGGAGGACAGCGUUCACAGAAUGGCAUGCCUUCAGGUGCGGACUACAACGCCUCGUACUAUGGUCACGCUCUCACAGGCCAAGUCGGCCAAAAUUACUAUGCCCCUGCCAUUCCUGGGCCAGGCGACUACACCGGCCAGCAUCAUCCUAACCAAUACUAUCAGCCACAUCCGCCCGUCCCGACUGGACAACACCCAGGCUACGGCCCUGUGACAUACUACAGCACGGCUCCCCCAACCUACGACUAUGAGACUCGGAAGCGCGGGUACGACGCGCUCGACCACUUCUUUGGUCAAGUCAGACGGAGAGAGCUCGAUCCUGCCAAUUUCCACCACAUCAGCCGUCGCCUCUUUGAGCUCCAAGGUCUUCAACUUCCUCAGAUCAUCCCAGCCAACGUUGCCGUUCCGGCCUAUCAGCCAGUCUCUGUCGGCGGUGCAUACGAGUCCGAAGAUCCCAUCCAGGCGUACAGUCUACCACCGAUGGGCAAUGCAAAGACGCGUGGUGACUUGACCUCGAUCGACCAGAUCCUGGAGCAGAUGCAAGCCACCAUCUACGAGAACGACGCUCAAAUGGCCAAUACGGGAGUCGGACAGGCAGGUUCUGGCUACGUGGCCUACCGCACCAGCAACAGCCCACCUAGCACCGCUCAAGUCCCGACCAGUGCUGCCCAAAACAACCCUGCCUCUCUUCUUCAACAUACCCACCAAGGCAGCAUUGCCAGCACAGCUGAUGCCAGCACUCCAGGCUUGACGCCGCCGUCCUCUGCUCAGAGCUACACAUCCGGUCAAAGCCCCUUGCAGAACCACGCGGCCCCCAGCAGCAGUGCCCUGUACCCGAGUCUCCCAUCGAAUGCCAGUGACAUGGCCUAUGCCGCGGCCAAUGCAGCCACUCUCAGUGGUAUGUUUGACAAUGACGAGAGACGCCGCUACAGCGGUGGCAUGCUCCAACGCGCCGCUCCCGACAAGGACAGGGACGACAUGGACAUUGUGACUGAUGGCUCUGUGACGCCUCCCGCGUCUGCCAUCAACAAGGGCAAGAAGAAGGCCGAAUCGCCGGGUGACAGCGUCAUUGACCCUGCCCUAUCGGCCGAGAUUGGAUCACCCAAGAGUGACUCAAAGGAUCCCGAACCGGGCGAGGUCUGGGUUCAGAACAUGCGCCUCAUCGAGUGGAUGCGCGAGCUGAUCAAGAAGCGAUUGGAGUCGGGUCAGUUUGACGACGACGACGAUAAAGCUCUCACUCCAAAAGCAGAUGGGCUCGAUCACGACAUGACGGGCACAGAUGAUCAUAAACUUCAAGAUCGAUCGGAAGAAGAACAGCUCUACCCUGUUCUCAGGCACGUCGAGGAAAGUGCUUGA